AUGGAUGACUUCACGCUCCGGCUGCAGAACAUCGUCGCCGUGCUGGAGACGGUGGGAGAGACGAUCCCGCAAUGCAGCGUGGUGGAGAAGCUCCUUCGAGUCGUCCCCAAGUCUCUGCGUCAGGUGGCCAUCGCGAUUCAGGUCACGGCGAACCUCUCCACGCUGACCCAGGAGGACGCCAGCGGACGGCUGCGCGCGGCGCAGGAGUGCGACGCCGAGGACGAUAGCCCGCCGUCACCACGCGCCGACGGCAAGCUCUACCUCACGCAGGAGCAGUGGGAGGCGCGCGCGGAUGAGGAAGAGGGGACGCUGCUGAUGGCGAGGGUGACUUCGAUCCAAAUUUCCCCCUCGCCUCGCGCGGCGCAAGUCAACGUACCGCUGCCGCUGACGAAGGAGCAGGAGGAGGGAGGUCUGGUGCAGCUGGUGGAGGCCAAGGUCCUCGCGCAGCUGGACGGCGAUGGCCCCGCCGCUGACGCCCUCUGGUACCUCAACACGGGCACGACCAAUCACAUGUCCGGGUCACGCGCCGUCUUCUCCGACCUCGACAGGAACGUCGCCGGAACGGUGCGUUUCGGGGAUGAGUCGGUGGUCAAGAUCGAGGGGCGCGGGACGGUGCUCUUCUCCUGCAAGAAUGGGGAGCACCGACAACUCAACGGCGUCUACUUCAUCUCACGCCUCGACACCAACAUCAUCAGCGUGGGGCAGCUGGACGAGGAAGGCCACGACGUCCACAUCAGGCACGGGGUGAUGCGGAUCCGUGACGAGCAAAGGCGCCUUCUUGCUCGGGUGCGGCGCUCCCCCACGCGCGUGUACACCAUCUGCCUCGACAUCGCGCGCCCGAUUUCUGCCUGGCCAGGAAGCAGAGGAGGAGCGCGUUCCCGGCGCCGUGCGGUGGACGUCCUCGACCUGGUGCACGGGGACAUCUGCGGGCCCAUCACGCCGAUGACGCUGAGCGGCAACCGCUACUUCUUGCUGCUGGUAAAUGACAUGAGCCGGUACAUGUGGCUCUGUCUUCUCGCAAGCAAGGACCAGGCUCCAGCGGCGAUCCGGCGAUUCAAGGCGGUGGCGGAGGUGGAGUCCGGGCGCAAGCUGUAA